AUGGCUGGAGAGACCCUCGCCAAGGGCACUGGUUCGGAAGCGGUGAAGAAGACUCAAUUUCGCUUUGUUCAGUGGGAGGAGAUUUGCGGUUGCAGCCUGGGGCAGAUCGCCUCCAUGCAGUAG